CAUGCGUACGCGGGCAGACUGGGGCCAGUUUAGGGCCAGGUGAACGCGGAAGUACAGGACGUGAGGGUUUGCUGGCUGCUCCGACUGUGGUGGGGCAACUGGUGCGAGAUGGAGGAGGGCGCAGCUGCGGAAGAUGGUCGGGACGGUCCCCGAGAGCGGCUAGGCUUCGGUGAAGCAGGGAGGCAGCAGCAGAACCACGAAGUGCGGUCUCAAUCCCGGGCCGACCGGUUUCCAAAGCAUUCCUACUGGUUGGAUCUCUGGCUCUUCAUCCUCUUCGAUGUAGUGUUGUUUAUCUUCGUGUAUCUUUUACCAUGAACUGUUUGCCUGAUGUCUAGAUUAAGAAGUUGGCUCCUGGAGUGGAUUCUGAAAAUGACUACAAACUUCUUGAACAAAGAAGACAGGAUUGUGCAACAGAAUUUUAAACUCUGAGGGACUUUCUUUCAUUUUACAUACUCUUGCUCUUCCUUUUGGGGACUAUAUUAAAUGGGUAAUCUCACCCAUUCGUAGCUAAAUUCUUAAAACUACUCUUUGAUUCAUGUUUAAAAACUUUUCAGACAUCUGAUGGCUUUAUAGGGGCUGAAUAUUAAAGCAUUUAUACGUAAAGGUUUAAUGUAUUCAUUAACAAAUAUGGUAAUGUCUUCCCUUUAACAUUUUAAGGAUUAGCCAGGGUUUAGUAUGAUGCAAAAAUGUGGUGACAUAUUAAGGUGAAGUAUUUAAAAAUAAAUUACUCAAAAGCAAAGGAAGAAAAAGGAGUUAAGAGCUGUACAGAAAGUGCAGGCCCAAAAUGUAUUGGCUGUUAAGUACCAGUUUAAUUUUUAGAUUAAGUGGGCCUCUGUUAUGGUCGCCAGAUUGAUACAAUCUCAGAGGAAGUAUAUAAUAUCCAACUUUGGAAAUCUAGUGUGCAUGUCCUCUUACCUGGAUGCUUCCCCUUGCUUCCUUUUAAGUUCCUGAACUUCCCUAAAAUAGGACUGUGUUUGAAACCUAUUUUUUAUAAUUGUGAUUGUAUUAAGAAUGCUUGUAGCUAAAAUAUAUUUUUGUUUUUAUAAUGUCUGUACCUUAAAUACUUCAGCAAAGUCAUUUCAGCAAAUAUUUGAUCACUUACUCGGCCAGGUACAGUAGUGAGCAAAAAAGACAAAAAAUCCUUGCCUUCAUGGAGCUUACAUUCUUUUAUAUCUAAAUGUUAAUAAGAAUUUACAUUCUAGGAGUGAUCAGCUGGUGUUUAAUCAAAGGUCACACUCCCAAAGCAGCUACUAAAAGCCCUUCAGAAGCUAGUCCUAUUAUAUAACAGAUACUCCUUUAUGUAACAGAUGUUAGAAGUGGGCUCUUGUUGGGGCGCCUGGGUGGCUCAGUCGUUAAGCGUCUGCCUUCAGCUCAGGUCAUGAUCCCAGGGUCCUGGGAU